AUGUUGGGAUUCAUUGCAGAGCUACUGCUUCUCGCAGCCAUCGCUAUUUUUCUAGUCUACUAUAUCUUCUUGCUACCACCAAGAUACCCCGAAAACAUCCCUACCAUCCCCUUUUGGGUAGCCCUCAUUCCCUUUUUCAAGGAUGUCGACCAGUCCGACAUUUUUCGUCAAUAUAUCGACAAGCCACUUCGCACUCACGGCGCUGUCAAGUUCUUCUUUGCGGCUCAAUGGAAUAUUUUGGUGCACAAGCCCUCUUACAUCGCCGAGAUCUUCAAGGACGAAGACCUGUACGAAAAGAGCGGAAAUCAAAAAAAGAUCCCUCAUAGUGUUUUGGCACAGUUUCUUGGCGACAACAUCAUCUCUAGCCAUGGUCAAGUCUGGAAGAAAUACCAGUCUGUCAUCCGGCCAGGGCUGCAACGAAACAAUUUCGAGGUGGACAAGAUCGUCUUGAAUGCCGACAAACUGUGCAUGCUCGUGAAAGAUGCCCAGUCGCGCGGUGGAAGAGGCCGUGGCGUUGCUGUUCAAGGGUUGCUUCAGCGGUAUUCCGUGGCCAACUGCUCUGAGGUCAUUUUGCAGACCAACUUUGAUGCUCUCUCGGACAACGCACCCAUCAACAUUCUGCAAUCGGCAGUCAAGCGUGAGAUUUUCAAGCCCAUCUUUAUGAACUUUCCCAUUUUGGACCAGUUUUCUUUUCCAAGUCGGUUACGUGCCAGGAAAACUGUGGACAAGUUUCGAGGCGCCCUCAGGGAUGCUUUGAUCGAAAGCCACGAUCCCUCCUCCGCAAAAUCGUCAGCGCCCUGGCCCAAAGAUGGAUUGGGCCGCCGGCUGCUAGAUGCUCACCAGUCCGGUGAGUGGGAUGAAAAACAGAUGCAUGACAACUUGACAGUUCUCUUUGUAGCUGGCCAGGAAAAUCCCCAACUGUGCCUGAUAUCCACUCUUUACUUGCUAGCCAAGCAUCCUGAAAUUCAAGCCAGACUUUAUGAAGAACUCGUGUCUACAGGACUUUCAAUCCCCGCGCUAGCUCAAAACAUUGAAAUGCUGGCCAACCUCCCGCUCCUGACUGCUGUUAUUCUCGAGAGUCUGCGUCUCUUUCCUCCCAUCGGCCAGCUCAUCAAUCGGCGCACCUCCCAGGACACGCUCCUUGGCCACGCUUCCAUUGUAAUCCCCAGCGGCACAUACGUCGGAUACAACUGCUACUCGACAAACCGGGACCCGGAAGCUUGGGGACCGACAGCAGACCAGUUUGAUCCUUCUCGUUGGGGCGGUGAUGUAACAUCCAUCCAGAAGCAGCUCCGGUUACGCAAAUCUAAAGCAGAGUUUAUUUCUUUCCAUGGGGGCCGCAGAGCCUGUCUCGGGGAGAAGUUUGCUCUGUUGCAGAUGAGGGUCACACUGUGCAAGCUACUGGGGGCGUUCAUGUGGAUGCUGGAUCCGGAGUGGAUUGACAGAAAGACGCCAGCCGGGCCAUUGUACCCCAGGGAUCUAAGGCUGGUCUUUGAUAGCAGGGAGUUGGGGUCCGAGAAGAAGGGCUAAACGUUGAAUGGAUCGUUGGUCCUGGAGAGCGGAAGCGGGCAUAACGUAGAUUGGGUAGGCGUUUAUAAGAACGUGCAGGUAAUUUGUCUCACAUUGAUGAUUGUGCCGUACCAAACAAUACUCUGGACUCAUGCUGUCGUGUGUUGAUUAGCGUGUUUUCCCGGUGCGCCGAAUGUGGUGAUAUCUUCACAAUAGGUACCUGCCUAUCAUGCAGACACGUCUUGGCGUGGGUAUCAUGCCGUGGACCGGCAUGGCGGCCGAAUGCGCAUGCUGCUUCCACGUUAAGUCAUCCAUGGAAUCUGUCAGAGGGAUCUGAGUACCGACAAAAGUCGAUUGGAUUAUCGUUGGUGGAUGACGGAGAGAGCCGGCCACAGGCCAUGCGCGUGGUGCAACGGGUACGAACAGUUACUCAGGACGACUGGAGAUAUGCAGACGAGCCAAGCUCAGCCUUCCUGAUCACCCACAGGAAACACGGCGUCUGCUAUUCAUAUCUGCAUUCGUGAUUCGGCC